AUGGUGCGGAGAAGACAGUACGAAAUCUGCGGCGUAGAGCAGAGGACGAAUUCGGCGGUGAAGAGCGCGGAACGAGAAACAGUUGCGGCGACGGGGGACCGAGUGCCCAGUAGCCGACCGGACGAGAUACAAACGCCAGUGAGUGACUUGACCCGUGAGUCAAGCGCGCAUUGGACCAGACGAACGCCAGCGAGCGACUUGGCUCGUGAGCCGGGUGUGAGUUGGACCAGACGAAACGAACGCCAGCGAGCGACUUGA